UUCCCGGCUUUCCGGAAGCAUUUCCAUGGUUUGAGGUGAAGCAGAUUUUACCUUCCAGAAUGACUUUCCAAGCUCUGAUUUUGUGUCUGGCUUGUGCUGGGCUUGGGAAGGCAAAUGUGGUUCCAGAGGCUGAGCACAGAAACGUGAAGGUGGGCGACAGCGUGACUCUCCGCUGUACCCUGACCGAACCCAAGGAUGUUCUGCAAGUGACGUGGCAAAAGGACUCUGACGAAUCACACAAUAAUGUAGCUACAUACAGUACAGUAAAAGGAUUGAAGAUUCAUGGGCCCUAUCAAGACCGACUGAAUUUCACCAGUCUGGUACUCAAUGAGACAAGCAUCACUUUUUGGGACACUAGAAUGAACGAUUCGGGGUGUUACACAUGUCUCUUCAAUACUUUCCCUUACGGCUCCCUCUCAGGACGGACCUGCCUGAGUGUCUUUGGUCUCGACGCAUCUGUCCGUUACAACAUUACUGAAGAUCACUUGAUAGCCGUCUGUCAUGCUGUUGGCUUCCCAGAGCCCACCAUCACCUGGAACAAGUUGUUCAAUUCUACUCCUACCCAGGAGAAGGUCAGCCACCCCAAUGGGAUGGUGUCUGUCAGCAGUAAACUGGAGAUCUACAACAUUAAGAGCAUUGGAGAGGAGGACUUGACCUGCAGAGUAAGCAACAUGAAUGAAAAGAGGGAAUUGCGUGUGAAAAUGAAAGAAGAGGCAGGUUCCUCGUGGCUUUGGCUGCCGAUUACGGGGGGGAUUUUAAUUGUCUUCAUAGUUCUGAUUCUGAUCACGCUCUGUUGGAGGAGGAGGAUAUGCAGGAGGGGUUGAAGUGGAUCCUAGAAGAUUUCCAUUCACCUGCCCCAUCAUUACAACCCACAAGCCUGAAGCCAAGCAUUACAAGCAGUGACUUGACUAGCUAGAAAUAAACAACAAUAAAACAGAAAUGUACCACGUACGCUGCCCUAUCUAGAUACUGAGUUGGAUCACUCAGUUGAAAAGAACAGCACAAUGUUCAUUAUCCGGCCUAGAUGCUUAAUUAUAAAAGGUAGGGCCAGAGGGACCACUUAACCUGCUCCUUGGCUGCCAGGCAAAAUCUACUUCGCUUGUGCCAUGCUUGCAAGAUGUGCUGCCAUGCUAAAUGUAUUUGCCUUCUUCCAAUGGAGUUUUGACAGCAUCCAUGGAUGGAGGCUCUGCA